AAUCUCUCAUCAUCUUCUUGGUCGCCGCCUUCCCGUCGCCCUUCAACUGUUGGUGCUCAAGACCAGUUGGAAAGCUUAAUUGCCAGACACGGUCACCCCACUCGAGUAUCGCUGUCGUCCUUGGAAGAAUUAACGGCCACCUCGUCCACAUAUAAUCCUCCCUCCUCCCGGUCUCCCUCACCUCUCUCAGAAACCACGGACUCCUUGGGGACUCUCUCCCUCUCGACCUCUACCUCGAGACCCAUCCCCAUUCCCAAGCCGUCCUUCCACACGCACCAGGACGACCUUCCCGUCACUCCUUUGACAGGUCGAUUCGACAAGGGCUAUUAUUUCGCUCAUCGUGACCAGGCUUAUAACAAGGCCCGAGAGAAGCCGAUCCAUCGCCGGAGUCGCCCGCACCCUCAUUGCUCCCGCCGUUCACCGACCAGCAUGCGUUCAGACAAUUCCACAUUCUACUCACCGGUGGUGUCUUCGGCCAUGUCUCCCUCUGCACGUCCGUCGUCUCCUCAACAACCACCCCGUUCCCGAACACAGAAUCCCACCAAAUCCGUGCCAGCCUUUCAUCUCAGCAACCUGCCACGGUUCCAUCCAGCGGUCUACUCGGCGGGUUCUCCGGGACAACCGACAUCCCCACGUCAACCGCGGCCAUCCGCCUACCGCACCACCUCGGGCUCUCGGGACGCGAUGUGGCAGUAUCAAGAACUCGUCGAGGGUGUGACCUUGUCGAAGACACCAUCCCGACCACUCUCGCCAAGUCCGUCUGCCCCCCGCUUAGACCCUCUUCGCAGCCCUGGGCCAGUCACUCCCCUCGCUCUGGAAGAGACAAGCGGCUACCUGAUCUCGGGAACGUCCAACGCGUCAGCUUUUGCUUCACGGGACGCCCAAUCCGGUCCAGCACCCGAUUUAAUCGACAGACUGAUCGUCCGUGAGGCCGAGAGAGCGCGUCAAAAUAACAAGAAAAGCGCCAAGAAUCGCUAUUAA